AUGUACGACGAUAUUAUUUUGGUUUUACGUGACGGCUGGGGUGAUGCACAAUUUCGAUAUUGGGUUCAGAAGCAUUUCAUGCUUGUUAAAAUUGGUGAAAUACAUGUUGUAUAUAGUAAUGGAAAAGUUAGCCGUCCAGUUGUUACUUAUGAAGAACUUUAUACGAAAUUAAAUGAAUGCCAUAAGCGUGUAGGUCAUCAUGGAAGAGACAAGACAUGGGAAGAAGUACAUAAAUCGAUUAUCUCAGUUGGAUAUUUAACACGUAUUCAUAUGGAUCUUAUCGACAUGAGAUGCCGUCCAGAUGACAAAUUUAAAUGGAUUUUACAUGUGAAGGAUCAUUUUUCGAGGUUCUCUUGGGCUUAUCCACUUGAAUCUAAAGAACCCGAACUUGUAGCAGAAAAGCUGUUGAAUCAAUUUUAUUCAUUUGGUGCACCUCGAAUACUCCAAAGCGAUAAUGAAAAGGAAUUCGUAGCUCGAGUUAUAAGAGAUAUGAAAAAGACUUGGGUAGAUUUAGUCAUUUUAAAUGGUCGGAUUCGACAUCCCCAAACACAUGGUCUAAUCGAACGGAGUAAUCGUACACUUGGAAUGGUGUUAUACAAAUGGAUGCAACAUAAUCAUACCGAUAACUGGUCGGCAGGUUUAGGUCCAGUUGUGUACUCAAUCAAUACGAGUGUUGCUAAAGUAACAAAUAAAACCCCUUUCGAGAUUGUGUUUGGACAACGACCUAGAUCAGAUUUUGAAACGUGGAAAAUGAUUAGUGAAUCUGGUGUAGAAGAUGAGGAAAAUCUUCCUAAUGAUUUUAUUUAUGAAGUCAAUGAAUUACAUCAAUGUAAUAUGAUUAAUAAUGAAACAAAUGAUUUAAAUGAUAUUGACAAUAACAAUCAACUAAACAUUUUCGAUACUAGUAAUCAAAUACUUGAUCCAACAUGUCAACUUCAAUCACUAGCGUCGUCUUCUACUCAAAAUAUUAACAAUGCUGUUAGCACUCUUGAUAAAACUCGUGAUGAAACAAAUAUAACCUGUCCUCCUCACAAUCUUUUCGACUUUUAUGAUAAUGCUACUGCUCAAGAUAUUCUUGUUACGAAUAAUAGUGAAAAUAUUCCUAGUACAACUGAUGAUACAGUUAAUCAUAGGCAUAAGAAAAUUCGAGACGAAACAAAAGCUGAUUAUAUGAAAUCUAUCGCUAAAAGACAAAAGUUAUAUGAUAAUGCUAUAAAAAAACAACAGUACGAGCUGGGAGACCUCGUUGGCCUUCAAGUCGAUCAUGUUGAUCGCACGAAUACAACAUCAAAAAUUUUACCUUGUAAAGUUAUAUCUGUUCAUUCAUCGUUGAAUGAUUCUAUGAUGUACAAGGUGUGUACUUUGAAAGGUGUAUUAUCAACAGUAUAUGGUGUUCGGGAUAUCUUGGAUUUAAGAAAAUGUGAUUUUACUGAUUUACGUGAUGUUGAUCCGACAACUCUACCAAUAAUUACAUUUACAGAAGCGUGUAAAGAGUACGUUACAGUAGGUAUAAAUCCAGUAACGGAAGCAUGCAACUGUAAUGGUAAAUGUGCUACGAAAUCUUGUCCGUGUAAAGCUAAACACGUUAAAUGUUGUACAAAAUGUCAUCCACAAAAGAAACACACUUGUGCUAAUAUUUGUGAUCAAUAUAACUACUGA